UAUAAAACAUGGGGUUUUGCCUUAUUCAGUUCUCGCAGCCAUUGAGGAAACCCUAAUCUCUUCUCUCCAUCAAGAUCGAGCAGCACAGCUUCGGAGACUCCUCUGUUGAAUUCGGCUCUCUGCCUUAUAAUCGAAGAUGGUGAGAGUCAGUGUGCUCAAUGAUGCUCUCAAGAGCAUGUAUAAUGCAGAGAAGCGUGGGAAGCGACAGGUCAUGAUUAGGCCAUCAUCAAAAGUCAUCAUCAAGUUUCUCAUUGUUAUGCAGAAGCAUGGAUACAUUGGAGAAUUUGAAUAUGUCGAUGACCACAGGUCUGGCAAGAUUGUCGUUGAACUUAAUGGUAGGUUGAACAAAUGUGGGGUCAUCAGUCCACGAUUCGAUGUGGGCGUCAAGGAGAUCGAGGGAUGGACUGCUAGGUUGCUUCCUUCUAGACAGUUUGGUUACAUUGUGUUGACUACUUCUGCUGGAAUUAUGGACCACGAGGAGGCAAGGAGGAAAAAUGUUGGAGGCAAAGUCCUUGGCUUUUUCUACUAGAUUUCAUAAAGGUUAUUGAGAAGUUAUCAUCGGUUUUCAGCUUAUGUGAAAGUUAUUUAAUUUGAGAUGAUGAGUUGUCAUUUGACAGAGAUUUUGAUGUUUUUUUAACCUUAAUUUUAUUCUCUACUUGUUUAAGAUUUGAUUUCUUAUCAAUGGGUAUUAGUUUGUAUUGGAAUUCA